AUGAGUGGAAGCUAUAUCCUAGCGCUUCUAAGCGCAUUGACCCGUACAACUGCAGAAACGUACAACAUCCCGUCCAACCCAACUGUCUCGGGCCAACCUUUCGACAGCUUCGUCAGCUACUCUAUCGAAUUCUCGUCCUUUCCAGACUUUGCCGGCAACCACUCCCACCCCAACAAAUACUCAUACAACCUCAUCAACAACAUCCACGCCAUAUCCAACAACUACCCCGUCAUCCGCGUCGGCGGCAACACCCAGGACUUUGCCCUCUACAACGCCUCGCAGCCCACGUCCCUCGUUGGCGUCGUUGACCCCGACAAGUCCCCUGAUUACCCUACCACCAUCACCAUCGGCAAGUCCUACUUCGAGAGCUACAGGACAUGGCCGGGCGUCAGGUUUUCCCACGGCUUCAACAUGGGACUCGGCGGGAAGACUGCCAGGGGACGUGAGACUCUGGUUGAUACCGCGCCAUUGGCGUGCGAGGCCCUGCGGCACGGCAACCUCUACACGUGGGAGUACAGCAACGAGCCCGACUUAUUUACGUCUGGGACGUAUGCGCCACGGCCGAAGGGGUGGAACGAGACGGACAUGGUGGCCGAGUGGCUAGCCGGAACAGACGAGAUCAGGAAUCAAGUCAAGAAGCAGUGUCCAGAAACCCAAGUGAGCUUCAUAGCGCCGUCGAAUGCCGGCGUGAGCAAUGCCCUAAAGGCAAGCAAGAUGUGGGCAGCUGGGCUGAAUAAACGCGGCGACAUCGCCAUGUUUUCCACGCACAAGUACGUCUCCCCCCCAUUCUACCCCCAGUACUCGUACAACUUUCCCAUUCCCCGUCAAUUCCUGGUCGAUACUGACGGGCACGGGGGGAACAGCUACAUCGACGGCGCCAAGGUGCCCGGGGUAACGCUCCAAGGCACACUCAUGAACCACACGCGCACCAAGCUCUCCGUCAACAACCACGUCGCCGAGUACAACUCCAUCUUCCGCGCCGCCGGGUCGCCGCCGCCCCUCAUAUUCGGCGAAACCAACUCCCUCUACAACCAGGGACGGCCGGGGCUCUCCAACACAUUCGGCGCCGCCCUGUGGUGCGUCGACUUCAACAUGUACUCGGCCGCCGUGGGAUUCAAACGAGUCCACAUGCACCAGGGCACCAACUACCGCUACCAGGCCUGGCAGCCCGUCGCCACCGACCUCGCCGCCAUCGGCACCAAAGCGCCCUACUAUGCGUCCAUAACGGCCGCCCACAUGACGCGCCGCGCCGCCCGCGCCCCCGUUUCCAUUUCCCACGUCCCGCUGUCCUCGGACGCCGCCGAGUCCGCGUACGCGGCGCACUGCGCCUCCCGCAGCGGAGAGAAACACCUCGCCCGGCUGAUGGUGGUCAAUAUGCACGGGUACAAUACUACCGUUGGCGGGGCGGGAUUGGAACCGCUCCCCAGCCCGCCGCCGAGGACGGUCCGCAAGUACAAGUUUCGUGUGGAAGGGGUGAGGGACGGUGUGCGCGCCAGUGUGCACCGGCUGAUGGCGAAUGGGAGCGACGCCAUUACGGGCAUCACGUACGACGGCUGGAGCUACAAUUAUGACUUGGACGAGGGCAGGGGCGUCAGGUUGACAAAUGUCACGGUUGGCGAGACGAUUGUAGUCGAGGGCGGAGAGGUGGUGGUCCAUGUGGCGGACUCGUCGGCCGUUAUUUUGAGUUUUGGAAAGGAUUGA